UCAUUAAUAAGGCGUACGCUCGCAAGUCGCAGCAUACCGAAACCCUACGGCCCAUACCAAUCGCCGGCGACGCCGUUUUUCCAUUAACCAACACCGUCCAGCUCCGGCAAUUCUCCGGUGUAGAACCAAAUCCACUGCAGAUUCCACAGUUACAUCCAAACCAUAGGGGAUCGACAUGGGCGCUAGAAAAUAUUUGGAGGAUAUCGGCAACAUAGGUUGGAGUUAUACACAGGAACAAUGGCUGGAAAAGCUAUGAAAUCAGUAGCAAAAGCGGUUGGAGAAAAUCAAUAUCAAUGGCAAGAGAAGUUGGCAAAAUACAAAAACGAGCUUUCCAAGGGAGUUUGGGGUUACUGGGAACUUGGGGCAUGGAAACCACUAGGCAUCAGUGCUCGCCAUCGAGCUCGCCUACGCAAGGAAGUUCUCCUUGCUGGACAAGAUUGGCCAUAUGAUCCAGAGAGGAAGGAAAUGAGAACCAAGCAGAAAGGACAUAAGUGUGACAGAAUAUCAGCAGAAAAGCGGGAGAAGACGGCUGAACUGAUGCAGAAAAUGCCGGAAAUGUUAGCUGAUUAUAGGAAGAGAAAAUGGGAGAGGAAGAUGAAAGCAGAAGAAGAUGCUGCUAGAAGAGCGGUGCAAGAGUAGGUUUUUUACUUAACAACGAUGAUCUGAUAAUAGACAUGGAAUGUUCAUAGAGUUUCAGUGAUUUGCAGUAUCAAAUAAUUUUGAGCAUUAUGUCCUUUUGCGUAACUUACCUUAAUUUUGGCAUUUGAAAACUGGCUCGGCUUUUGUGUAAUUUUUGAUAAGGUAAAACUGGCUGUGUUUUGUUAUUAGAACACUCUUUUAAAAA